AUGAUUGAGAAUAAUCCUAGAGAAAAAUCAAGAGCACUUGCUGUAUUCCAUGAUGAUGAAGUAAAAGAGAAAACUCGGGAAGAGAUUUUGAGAGAGAAAACUGAUAGAGAAAUUUUCAUUGUUGGAUGCAAAAUGGAGAAGAUGCAGGAAGAAUAUGAAAAUGCUGUUAGAAACAAAAGAUGGGAUAAGAAUCAAGAAUGUUAUGUCAAUAAAGAAGGUGAACCAUUUGUUCCCAGAAGUGACAUAGUUCACGAUGAUGUUCUUCUAGUAAUUCCUCGAUCCGGCGAAUAUUAUUCAAAUGUUGCAAAAGACAAAACAUAUGUAAAAAGGCUGGAUAAAAUCAUCAGAGAUGCUAUGACAUCAAAUCUGAGGAAGAGGAAUGAAGAAAGAAUAAAGAAGAAUAUUGAGAAUCUGGUUGAUGAUUUGAAGAAAGUCGCUGAGGAGGUCAAGGUUGAAGAAGUUAAAACUAAAGCUACUAAAGAAGAAGAUGAGAAGGUAGCUGAAAAAGAAAAGGCUGUUACUAAAGAACAGCAAGUUGAAGAAGGUAAGAAGAAGAUGAAAAGUUCGGUAGAAGUGAAGGUUGAAAGUUCAGCAGAUGUUGUUGGUGAUGCUGGUACUGGUGAAGAAAAGAAGAGUGAAGCUGAUCAGAAGCAGACAAAAGCAAACACCGAGGUGCCAAUCACUGAGUGCAAGAAGUGCAUGGAACCAUGCAGUGCUUGUACUGAGAAAAACGAAAAGUUGAGAACAAGAGAUCUUGAUUUCAAUAAAAUCGAAAAAGUGCUUCCGAAGAAAACUGAAUGUCAAGAGGAGUGUCGGAGCAGCCUGGCACGACAAGAAGAGGAGAAGGCUGCUGGACCCUGUGUUUGUUGA